AUGAGGCAGACAGUGAGCAACAUGCUGGGGUCGCUGCCACCGCAGUAUUUUGAAGUCACUGUCACAACGGUGGGGGAGAAUCUGGCUCAGCUGAUGUUCAGUCCUCCCACCGACAGCGCCUUACCUCUGGGUCCGGUCCAGAAGACGCACGUGGCAGGCGAGGUGCUUCGGUGGGACGCCGAGGCUGAGCGGGUGGUUCGGGUGCUGGCAGUAGACUAUGUGGAGCUGCUAGAAGGGGAGGUUCGGGCGCUGAAGAGACGGCUGGAGGAGGAGGAGGCAAAACUGGCUCGAGUGGGAGGGGGAGGAGGAGGCAGUGGGAAUGCGCUGCUGGAGUAUUUGAAGGGACUGGAGCCGCAGAAUAUACAGGAGCUGACAGCCAGUGCGGAUGACGAUGCACUGGCAGCCAUGAAUGCGUUCAUCCAACGGCUGCUAGGCGUUCCUGAUGUUGAGGAGAUCAAGUCUGUGGCGUCAGAGACUACAGUGACGGAGCUGGCAAAGCUGCUCUAUUGGCUAAUGGUGGUGGGCUACAGUCUGCGCACAUUAGAAGUUCGGUUCGAUAUGGAUAGAGCCCUCGCCGCACCUGCAGUGCAGAAGAGAGCCGAGCUCCCUCCACCAGGCACUGACGGCUGGAUCAUAUGA